GCGCAUGUUCCCGACGGUGCGUGUCUCCUUCUCGGGGCCCCUGCGCCAGGUUACGCCGGCGGACCGGUACGUGGUGCUGCUGGACGUGGUCCCAGUUGACAACCGGCGCUACCGUUACGCGUACCACCGCUCGGCAUGGCUGGUGGCGGGCAAGGCGGACCCCCCGCCACCCGGCCGGCUGUACGCUCACCCGGACACCCCGCUCGGGGCCGAUGCCCUGCGCAAACAGGUUAUCUCGUUCGAAAAAGUGAAACUAACCAACAAUGAGAUGGACAAGAACGGUCAGUCGCGGUCGCGCGAACUGUACGCGAUGGAUCCGAUGGACGCGCUGCUGUUCGAGCAGCAUCUACGAUCGCCGCUCCGGCUGUUUCCCGAUCCGCUGAUGGCGCAGUUCGCUUCCGGUAGCUUCGCACCGCAGGAUCUGCAGGAUCCGGCAUCGAUGGCCCUGCUGGAGAAAGCUCGCCAACAGCUGCAGCUUUGGGGUCGCUCGCCGUACAGUGAGCUGUUGCUGCCCCAGAUGUACCCAAGGCCACCGAACCUGGGCGGGCUCGGCAAUCUCGGCCUCUGGCAAGGAUCGCCACCCGGCGGCGGCGGCGGGUGGUCACCAGGACCGUCUUUGCCUCAUGGAUUUCUACCGAACGCCGCUGCAGGAGCACCGCCGCCGACGACUACUCCGCCCCUGUCGGGAUCACCUUCCGCUGCUCCAUCAUCACUGUCCUCACCCGGAUCCUUGACCCCUGGUGGUUCGGCAUCCACCGGAUCAGCAGCGGCGGAUCCAAGGAUGAAGCACUUUACUCGCUUCACACCCUACCAGGUACCCCAGCACCAUCUCCACCCGGCGCAUCCGUCGCGUCAGCAUCCACCACCCCGAACACCGCCUCUGCCCGGACCAUCCACGUCCGGUUCUCCACGAAGUCCCUCAAACUGA